AUGGCACCUGCAGCACUCGAACGUGAAGAUAUCGAGCGUGAUGCUUUGUUCAGCAAAGCUCUCCAUGGCAAAUCCUCCCAAGCUCGAGGUGGCUUCGCUGCCAUGCGAGGCAAAGAUGCUGCCGCCCAAAAGGCUGCCGUUGAUGAGUAUUUCAAGCACUGGGACAAUCAAGCUGCUGCCGAUGAGACUGAUGAAACACGCGAGGCCCGGAAAUCUGAAUAUGCCACACUGACCCGGCACUACUACAACCUAGCCACUGAUUUCUAUGAAAACGGAUGGGGCACAUCGUUCCACUUCUGCCGUUUCGCAUACGGGGAGCCAUUCCUUCAAGCCAUCGCCCGUCAUGAACAUUAUCUUGCCUUUCAGACCGGUAUCACCAGUAAAAUGAAAGUGCUGGACGUCGGUUGCGGUGUUGGAGGGCCUGGACGGGCGAUAGUCAACCUGACUGACGCCCACGUCACCGGGCUAAACAACAAUGACUACCAAAUCGAGCGCGCGAAAUCCUAUGCCGAAAAGCAAGGUCUGUCACAUAAGAUGGACUUCGUCAAGGGAGACUUCAUGCAGAUGAAGUUCCCGGAAAACAGCUUCGAUGCAGUCUAUGCUAUCGAAGCUACCGUUCACGCCCCUGACCUGGCAGGUGUAUACUCUGAGAUCUUCCGCGUGCUGAAACCAGGGGGUAAAUUCGGCGUUUAUGAAUGGCUUAUGACAGAUGAAUAUGAUAAUGAUGAUGCUGAACAUCGUCGUAUUCGUCUGGGUAUUGAGCAGGGUAAUGGAAUUUCGAAUAUGGUCAAGAUUUCUGAUGGCCUGGCUGCUUUACACCAGGCAGGCUUCGAUGUUUUGCAUCACGAGGACUUGGCUGAUCGGCCUGAUACUGUUCCGUGGUAUUACCCCAUUGCAGGGUCGUUCCAACACAUGGGUUCCCUCUGGGACUUGCUCACUAUCGCUCGGAUGACUUGGUGGGGACGUGGUCUUGCGCAUCGAUUUGUUGGAGCUGCUGAGAACAUUGGCCUUUUCCCUCGCGGGUCUCAGAAAACUGCUGAUAGCCUAGCGUUGGGAGCAGAUAGUUUGGUUGAAGGUGCUGAGAAGAAGCUUUUCACUCCCAUGUAUUUGAUGGUUGGCCGCAAGCCGGAAUGA